AUGUCUCCAUCCACGUCCAUCCCGGACCUCCAAUGGGCCCAGGUCCUCGAAAAACCAGGUGCACAGCUGGUCUACAAACAGAUUCCGGUCCCAAAGCCAGGACCGGACGAGAUACUUGUUAAGAUUCGGUACACCGGCGUGUGCCACACAGACCUGCACGCCAUGAAAGGCGAUUGGCCUCUCGAGCGAAAGAUGCCCCUAGUAGGCGGGCACGAGGGCGCCGGCAUUGUCGUCGCAAAGGGCGAGCUGGUAAACAAGGAGAAUGACUUCCAGAUUGGUGAUAAGGCUGGUAUUAAGUGGUUGAAUGGCGCUUGUCUCGCUUGUGAAAUGUGCAUGCAGUCUGACGAGCCGCUUUGCCCAAAUCCUCAGCUAUCUGGGUAUACUGUUGAUGGGACGUUUCAGCAGUAUACUAUCGGAAAAGCUGCUAUGGCGUCGAAAAUCCCAGAUAGUGUAGCCCUAGACGCGACUGCACCUAUUCUCUGCGCUGGGAUCACGGUCUAUAAAGGCCUGAAGGAGUCCGGGGCACGCCCGGGCCAGUCUGUUGCUAUUGUCGGCGCCGGGGGAGGUCUAGGAUCCCUGGCGGUACAGUACGCAAAGGCGAUGGGCCUCCGAAUUGUUGCCAUUGACUCUGGAGAUGAGAAGAAAGACAUGUGUGAGCAAUUAGGAGCUGAGGCCUUCAUCGACUUUUCCAAAUCGAAGGACGUAGUCGCAGACGUCAAAGCCGCUACUCCCAGUGGCAUGGGCGCGCACGCCGUUAUCCUCCUCGCCGUCGCUGAAAAGCCUUUCCAACAAGCAACUGAGUAUGUGCGUUCACAUGGCUCUGUUGUCGCAAUCGGCUUGCCGGGAAAUGCAUUCCUUAAGGCCCCCGUGUUUUCGACCGUCGUUCGCAUGAUUAACAUCAAGGGGAGUUAUGUUGGGAACCGUCAGGAUGGCGUUGAGGCACUGAACUUUUUUGCGCGAGGGCUUAUCAAGGCACCGUUUAAGACGGCGGCGUUAAAGGAUCUACCUAAAAUUUUUGAGCUGAUGGAACAGGGUAAGAUUGCAGGGAGAUAUGUUCUGGAGGUUCCUGAGUAA